AUGGAGAACAAGGUGGUCCCUGCUCUCUGCGGGGCUACGGAGAGGCAGAACUUGGGGUGCUGCGAGGCCCCAAAGAAACUGGGCCUGUCCUUCUCCAUCGAGGAGAUCUUAAAGAGGCCCACCGAGAGGAGCGACAGGGUCCGACGGGAAGGGGCAGCUGGACCGGGCACUGGGAAGGCAGCAAUUGCAGACUCCAGGCCGGAGAGGCCCCGCCAGGACCAGCCCCAUGGAGAGAGGAAGAGCAAGCGGAGGGUAAGAACCACCUUUACCACAGAGCAGCUAUGUGAGCUGGAGAAGAUCUUCCACUUCACCCACUACCCAGACAUCCACGUCCGCACCCAGCUGGCAGCCAGGAUCAACCUCCCAGAAGCCCGGGUGCAGAUCUGGUUCCAGAAUCAGCGAGCCAAGUGGCGGAAGCAGGAGAGGACGGGUGGCCCCAGGGCUCCACAGCAGCUGCGUGAGGCCAGCUUGGCCCCGGCCACAAAUCUGGACGUGGCCGGUCCCCUGCUGCCGCCCCCUGCACUGCCCAGGCUGGCUCCUCCCGCGGGGUGCUGUCCACCAGCUCAAGGUCAGCCAGCCUCUGCCUGGUUCCCUGCCUGGACGCCGCCUCUCCCGGGCCGCCUCAUCCAGCAGACCUGCAUCCCUGUCCUCUGCUUCCCUCCCACUCUGCACCCAAAGUGGGGCAGCAUCUGUGCCACUUCAACAUAGGGACCGGACGGGCAUCCUGUCUGCAAUGGAGCCGCCCUCCUCUCCGGGUGAAGACGCAUGGCGAGAAGCUGCCCAGACCUCUGGGGGAGUCAGUCUGCUGACCCAAAGGUGGCCCACACCCCAGGAAGCCUCCCCCGAGCACGCCCCUUGGAAGGCUGGGGCAGACUCCCCAGCAGGGUGGCCUUCCAGCUCAACGACAGAGGGUUUUCAGACCUCAGGGUGAGCUCUGGAGCGAGCAGUGCAUUCUCUCUCUCCUGCGCUUCCUCUCACGUGCUGUGUGGCCUCCAGCCGGUCACUCGCCCCAUCUGGACCUCACGUGUAACAUGAAGCAGUUGGACAAGAUGACCUCUGAGGGCCUUCCGGCCCCUCCGUGGGUGAGGUGACCCACCGUGAGAACAGAGGCAUGGAGGAGGCCAAGGAGAGGUUGUUUGCUCUUUCACUCACGACACAUUUAUUCCGAGCCUAUGGAGUGCUCUGCCAAUGGAACCGGUUGUGGACAGGAACAAGCGAGGUGCUGCCCCUGUGAGCUCAGUCCAGGCUGGUCAAAGGGAGAGUGCUAACCUUCCCCUGCAGGCACAACAUUUGCCCAUGACCUUGCAGGGGGUCCAUGUGUAACAUUCUGUACAUCUUUGAUGUGACUGU